AUGUCUCGCUCCAGAGAAGGGUAUCUAUGGACACCAGCUGAGGCAACUGAGGGUCUUGAAACGGCCGCAGUACAAUCCAGUUCUCCCAAGAUCAAGGAACACUACGAUGUUAUUGUCAUCGGCGCCGGGUUCGCCGGCCUCAUAGCCGCCCGCGACUUAUCUCGAAAAUAUAAUCUCAAUGUCCUCCUCGUCGAAGCGCGCGAUCGAAUCGGCGGUCGUACUUGGACAGCAAAGGUAUUGGGCGAGGAUCUCGAGAUGGGAGGAACAUGGGUGCAUUGGGCGCAGCCACAUCUGUAUGCUGAGCUUCACCGGUAUGGGCUACAUCGGAACCUAAAGACAUCGGCUGGGACUUCUGCUCCUGUGAGCCAGUCGUUUACCCCGGCGUCAGGGGAAGUAGAGGACGUUUCGAUUCCUGACUGUGGCUCGGCCCUUGAACGGGUUGCUGCGAGGGUAUUCUCUAUCGAUGGCCUGGAUAGCAGAGCUUUGAUGCCAUACCCGCAUGAUCCGUUACGGGAACCGGCCCUUUGGACAAAAUAUGAUCAUGUUACUGUGAAGGACCGGCUUAAUGCGUUACAUGAUAUUCCCCAGCGAGACAAGGAGCUGUUCGAGUCCAACACCAAUACAUUUGGCAGUGCACCGGGCAAGGAUAUCGGCUUUGUGGAGGCGUUACGGUGGUAUGCACUCGGCGGGCAUACAUUCGCUGGGGUUAUGGAGAUGGCUGGUAUCUUCAAGAUUGGGAAUGGAGGCAUGACUGCGUUUGCGCGUGCCAUCCUCGAGGAAUAUACUGGUGCUCGGCUCUUCAACACAGCGGUCUCUGCAAUCCGCAAUACGUCGAGGGGCGUCGAGGUCACCAGUGUGCAUGGACAGACGUUUACAGCAAAGGCCCUCAUCUCAACUAUCCCACUUAACUGUCUCGGUGAUAUCAAGUUCGACCCUCCUUUAUCCCCUUUACGUCAAGAAGCUGUCGCAAAUGGACACAUCAACAAGGGCGCAAAGAUUCACUUCAAGCUUGGCGAAACCCUUCCAGGCUGGUUCUGGACCGGCGAUGGCUACGGCGACUCCAGCUUCCUGUUUGCAUUCUCCGACCACAAUGGAACGCAGACAUCAGGACCAUCAGGGACUUGGUGCAUUGGGUUUGGAUACAAUGGGAAGCUCACCGACAAGAAGAACUCAAGACACAUUCUCGAGCAGUUCAAGAAGAAUAUCAAGCCUGGCGCUGAUAUAGAGAUAUAUGCAACGCACGACUGGAUGAAUGAUCCUUACGCCAAAGGGGUCUGGGCGUGCUGGGGCCCGAAUAGUGUAUCGAAGUAUCUGCAGGAACUACAGCAGCAUCAUGGACGAAUUGUCUUUGCGAGUGCAGACUGGGCAGAUGGAUGGAGAGGGUUUGUCGAUGGGGCGAUUGAACAGGGCCAGACUGCUGUGCGAGAGACUUUGAAAUUGGUGGAGCAGCCGAGGCCAAAGCUAUAA